AAAUAAAAAUAAUGAAAUAUCUGAUAAAAUAAUAAGUAUUAAUUCACUAUUUAAAAGCACCAAUAAUGUAUACUUUGAAUAUAUUUAAGUUUGUUUUAUACCCGCUGCAUUUCAGACCGCAAUCUCAGAUGUGCACUGCUAUUGGCAUAUGCGUGUUACAUUUCAAAGUAAAAGCCUGUCGUAGUCUUACAUCUAUAGUACGUACUAGCUUGGAGCAACAUGGGGGAAAAAGCACUUUCUGUGAAGUUACGGGUUUUCUUUUUUCUUUUUUUUAUUUUCUGUUGCGAUAAAUAAAAAACGAGAAGAAAGAAAUAAAAUAAAUAUUUUAAAAAAUUAACAUUAAUACUAAAACAUUUUUAACAACAUUUUUAUGGUGUCUAUGACAAAAACGACCGGAAGUUAAAAGCAGCUGCCCUCCCGCAUCGAGAACAUCCGGUUUUCUUACCAACAAAAAUAGACCUUAGUGCCAGUAAGCAUGUCUCCCACCGAGGAUGAAGACGACCCGUUUCCUGUAGAUGACUGUCUGUUCACAGAAACGUUUUCUCUGGACUCCGUGUACACGCUGAUGGGAGAGGAGGUGAAGAUCAGACAGCUGUUCGGUGCGGACCUCGGCGUGGCUGCACCGGUCUGGGAGGCUGCGUUACACCUGUGCCGUUACUUGGAGGAUCAGUCUGUGGAGCUGAGGGGAAAGCGGGUCAUAGAGCUGGGAGCAGGCACCGGUGUGGUCGGUAUUGUGGCAGCUCGCUUGGGAGCAGAGGUGACUCUCACAGACCUUCCUUUGGCUCUCCCACAGCUUGAUGCUAAUGUCUCUGCUAACAAGCCUUCCAGCGGCUGGCCUUCUCUCCCUCCCACUGUGCUCCCUCUGUCCUGGGGUGAGGAUCACAUGAACUUCUCCUCUGACUGGGACCUGGUGCUCUGUGCUGAUAUCAUUUACCUGCAAGGGACAUACCUCCCGCUAGUGGAGACACUAGCUCACCUGUGCGGUAAAGGAGCCGCAGCGUAUCUCUCAUCCAAAAUGCGAGAUGAGCACGAAACGGCAGCUUUCUAUGAGAAGCAUCUACCGAGCAGAUUCAAUGUGGAGCUUGUGCACCGAGAUGACAAACAAAACAAUAAUAUCUACAGGGCGUCUUUAAGAACAGGCCAGUGACGCCAGGAGGGACGGCCUACUGCUUUUUAUAAAUAAAUAAAAUUAUGAGUUUAUGUCUGUUAUUUAAAUUAUUUUGAGCUUCACAUCCUACUACUGUAGCACCUAUAAAUGCUAAAGCUAUUUUAAAUGAAUUUAAAUGAAAUUAUAUUAUUUUUAUUUAUUUCUAAACAGUUACACAUGUCAUUUGUCUUUAAUUAAAAGCGAAUGUAUUCA